CCCAACUGCUGCAUCACACAACGUCCCAGCCCACGAACAUCUGGGUUGCAAAGACGCAAUGGCGAGCGCUACAGUACGCAGGGCUCCUUAUAAGGACACUCUGCAGCCCGCAUUGCACAAACGCUUCUCAUCAACAGCGACACUUCUGCUUGCCGUGGCAUACCUCGAAGCUCUCGUCUUAGCUUCAUGGAGCUCAUUUCUUUGGUCGUGGCUACCCCUAGGUCCUGCCGGAAUUCGAGCGCUAAUGAUCUUUGCGUGCGGCCUCUCGACACUCGUCCUCCGAAUUGCACAUUACCAUGCUGGGCUUCAGACGGAAGCCGGAAUUCAGACUCUCCAAUCGGCCCUUUUAAGCGUCAAGACGUACGAGACACUGUUUUGGUAUGGCCUGUCUAGCAGCAUCUUUGGUCCCAUCUACCUCUGGUCCACAGACGACAACGCCAGCCUCCGAUGGAUCGUCUACCUCAGCGGCGACCGCGCCAAGCUCAACGAACGACCGCUCUUCUUGACAUAUUAUCUUUUGUCCUGCGCACUAGUACAAACGAUAGCCCACUACCGCUAUGACCUCGAUCGUUUAGUUUUCACCAUGGGUAGUGACAAAGGAUCUAAAGCCACUGGCUCGAAGCCUCUAAACGCUGCCCUCGAUCGACUCCCUACGGUCCUUGCUGGAUGUCUGAAGCAGUCCGCAGCGUCACUGGUCGUUGGAUUGUUUUUGUACUUCUUCAUUUUUCGCUCUUUUGCGUGGUCCUGGGCUCUAAUGUGGCUUCGUCCAUUUUACAAUCUACCCAAGGCCAACCUUUUGCCCGCCUCCAGACCAGUUGACGUCUUUCUCCUUUUACGAUGCUUGUUUGCCGGUACUAUGCUCAACUUCAUUUGGGCCACCGGCAAUACUGCGUUUUCAGUCUUUAUGGCCAGGCCGCCAUUGAAGAACGGCAAGCCCCUGACCUCUGAAUCAAAGGACCCCAACGGCAGCUUGCUCAAUGGUCUCAAGAGCAAGAAGCUCUCCAUUCAGUGCUUUGCUAUGUGGGAGCUUUCCAUCAUUGCCCGCGACGUCGAAGUCCGGCGCCAAGCCAUUUUUACCGACAUUGACCGCAAGGAUGGGCCUAUGUGGUCGCAGAUCUACGGAAUUUGCAUGUCGGUGCUGAAGAACAUGGAGGAUCGUAUUGAUUCGUAUGGGAAGCCCGUCGCAGCACCAGGCCCCAUGCCAGUCAGCAUCGAGCAAAAGCAGAAGACGUCAGCACCCCUCAAGGAGGGUGACAUUUUCAGCAAGAUGCCUGGAACAAAGACCGCCGCAGAGAAUACUUGGAACUCAAUUGCCCGUAGUCCUGGCAAGUCUCCCAUGUCAGAUCUCAGCCCUAUUGCGAAGAGAACUUGGAAGAACGCCAAGGACCAUGUCUUGACGCAGACGCAACAGGAUUCCAUAUCACCCGAACAUCUGAAGCAAAAGUUCGAGGCUGCAGCAUCUGGCCUCCUCAAAAUGGACUCAUUUGGCGGUCUGCUUCAGAGACGAUUCCGAACUGAAUUUGCGGCGGCUGUCCUGGGAGGCCCAUUUGCGGAACCGACGCUGUAUGCAUACGCAAGCAGUGCCUUGGCCAACCUUGCCAUUCAUAGCUUGGCUGAAGAUCAGUUUGGGCAUGUUCACAGAGACGUGGCAACGAUUGUCCGUACAUUGACAACCCUGAUUACCAAAACAGAGGCUCUCAAGGCCCGAUUCCCCUUCCAUUGGACAGAUACCACGGGCUCGAGGGACUGCCCUGAGGUAGACGAAGUCAUCGCUGCCUUCCGAGAGGGUCUUGAGGCGGUUGUUACCAAGUUUGAGCCUUAUAGCAGCGACCUUAGACUCUCUGCUGGUGACCUCCGCCACGCCAGAGAGGCUAUUGUUAAGCCCGUUCAGGAGACAAAGGCUGUCGCACCAGCUGUUGAGGACGUAGUUGGGAAGCCCAGUGCAACAGCAGAGAAGAACGAGUCGAAGCCUAGAAAACGCUUGGAACAGCGCAGGCCAGAAAUGGAACAAGUACGAUAGACGGUUAUGGUAACAAAGGCGCAGCGCGUAUUAUUGAAUUCAAAGCAAAUAAAAAAAAUUAAUUAAUCAA